AUGGCACGGUCGGCCGAAGUGGUCAAAGAGGAAAACGCGGAUUUAGUUGAGAAGGGAAACGACGAAGAAAAGGUCACGCUGGAAGAAGAAGCAACACAAUGGAAGAUCAAAUACGUUGCCCAGAGACAAGCUGCGGAAGAGCUGAAGAAAAUGUCAAAGGUCAAAGAGGCCGAGAAAAAGCGUGACGAAAGUUUAGCAAAUGCGACAAAGUUCACCGUAAAGAUAUCCAGUCUGACAGCAGACAUCACAAAAUUAAAGGAUGACCUUAAAUUGCGAGAAGAGAGCAUUAAGACGCUGCAGACGGAACUACAAGAAAGGAAGAGGAAACAAAGUGAAGCAGAGAGCCAGAGAGAUCAAGCCGCACAGAAGCUUCUCGAGCUGGCAGGGACGACAAAAAACGAAAGCAAAAGACUGAACGACGAAAUCGAAAGUCAAAAGAAAGAAGUAAAGAAGUGGUCAACCUCGGCACAACAGAGUGACGAACGGGUCACUGUGCUAGAGACUCAGAAUAGAGAAGGGCAAUUGAAAAUUGAAAACCAAAAAGAGGAAAUCACUAAACUAAGCAAUGAAUUGGUAGGAAUGGCCACCACAAUAAUGGAAAAGGAUGAUAAAAUUAAUGAGCUGGAAGCCCAAUUGAAGACAGUCGAAGAGGAAUGCGGAGCGAGAGGAAGGACCCUCAUAUCUCGGGCGGACCAAAUCACUCGACUGCAAGCAGAAGCGGAAAUUCUGAAGGAAGCAAAGAAGGACCUCGAUAAGACCCUCGAUCAAAGGGCAAGCACAAUUAUCGAGCAGAUGAAAAAGGUCACCGAAGCAAACGAGAGUUACGAGAAGCUAAGAAAGGAUGCAAAUGAUUUGGUCAAGGUAUACCGACAGAUAGACUCGUUGAACAAAACGCUCCAAGAGGAAAUCAAAGCGCUUAAAAACUCAGCAAAAGCAAAAGAAGAGGAAACAACUAAACAGCACUUAAAGGAGCCGAAACGGAUAGAGUCUCCGCCCCCUGGAUACGGUGAAGUCCACACGGUCGAAGGCAGCUUCCAUUUCGAAGCACCCAUAAAGACUGGAAUGGGCAGAACUGACGACCACGAUAAAGAAAAGGUCAAAAGGAAGACACCGAGUCGGCGAAGGGGCACUCGGGACCGAACGGCGGUGGUAAUUCAAAGCAGCAAAAAUCAACGUACGAUGAUAUACCAGAAGAAACCAUCGUUUAUAAAUCCGACUACCGCCUAG